AUGACGCCUCCAGUUUUAGCAGCCCUUAUUCUGGGUCGACCUUUGAUACUUUGCACCGCGGCGUUAGAUGACUCCCUCGGAGCCUUGCUAGCACAAGUUAAUGAGGAGGGCAAAGAAAAUGCUCUUUAUUAUUUAAGCAGACAUCUGAUACCAGCGGAAGUAUGUUAUCCUCCAAUUGAAAAGCACGGUCUCACUUUAAUCUUUGUAGCUCAGAAACUAAGACAUUACAUGCUUUGGCAUAAGGUUAGUUUAAUUUCACGAGUUAAUCCAUUGCAAUACAUAAUGACUAGAGCAACACUAGCUGGUAGAUUAGCCAGAUGGUCAAUGGUAUUGUUACAAUUUGAUAUAACUUUUGUUCCUCUUCGCACUAUCAAAGGACAGAUACUAGCAGACUUCCUAACAGAACACCCGCUUCCAGCUGAGUCCCCUCUUAACGACGAUCUACCAGAUGAGCAAGUGCUGAAUGUAGAAUCUCCCCUUGAGCAGCGUUGGGAAAUGUAUUUUGACGGAGCUGCAUCAGCUACAAGAGUCCAAGGUUCACAUAAAGUGAUACCUGGAAAGGCGGGAAUUGGCUUAGUGUUCGUGACACCAGAGCGCGGAAUGAUGAGAUAUUCCUAUCACCUCUCAGAUUCGUGCACGAGUAAUGAAGCGGAGUAUGAAGCCUUAAUAGCGGGACUAGAACUGACUAUUUUGAUGGGUAUUACAGAUGUCAACAUAUACGGGGAUUCACAGUUGAUCAUCCAGCAGAUCACCGGCCAAUACAAAAUUCUGAAACCGAGACUUGAGGAAUACUACAAGUAUGCCAUAAAACUGUUAGAACAAAUCCCGAAUGUUACUUUGUACAGGAUUCCUCGAGGGGAUAACUCGCAUGCAGACACUUUAGCAAAGUUAGCUAAAGAACUCGCAUGCUCACUGCCAGAUUCAAUUAAUAUUGUUGUUACAGGAAGACAAGUGUUAUCCAGAAUUGAUAUAGGAAGACUAUAUGAAGCAGAAGAAAAAGAUUCAAUAAUAGCAACUACAGCGGCCGAGGAUGCUGAGGAUUGGAGACAGCCAUUCGUCAGAUAUCUGUAG